AUGAACAGCGGUGAGCAGUGUUGGGGCCGGGGACAUCAGAAACCUGACUUUGUGGAACCUCUGGAAGAAAUGAGAAGGCACAUUGUUGCCAGCAGCUCCAUCACAGCCAUCGAGGCGCUGUUGACUGCGGAAGCUGAUGGUCUGCCUCACACCCUGUGCAUGAUUGUGCUAGAGUUCUCAAGCAAUCCUUACAGUGUUCAUUUAGGGGAUUCAUAUUUUGCUUCCAAAAUGGUUUGGCAUGGCAGUGACAGCUUUCUGGUGUGUGUCACAAAUAUUGGCAAAGGAGUCCCAGCUGGGUUGAGGUGCCUGAGAGUAAACAAGCCAAACACAGCCACCGAUGUGGAGCCAGAAACAAAACUGCUGGUGAACGUGAACCAGAGCUUUCAAAUAGCCGACUACUGCUCCAACAUCCCUUAUCAACGCAAUUCUGUCAGAACUUUUAUCUUCUACGUCUUCAGGCCGAGCGGGGACGCGGGACCGGUCUCCACCGCCUCGCAGGGCCAACAAGGCGCUGCUCUCUCCGUGCUAUUACAAAAGCCGGUGCCCAGCCCCGGCUCCCCGGGUCCUCCCCAGCAGCGCCCAGAGACGGCGGUGAGGGGCGCACCCUCUGACGGGGCCCAGGCAGCCUCCCGGCGGGGGGCGACGGCUUUGCGGGACUGGGGAGCCCCUGCCAAGCGGCCCCGGGGAGGCUUUGGAAAGGGGUCAGUAGCGACCCUCACGCACCGCCGGGACGGGGCCGAGCUCUCUCGGACCGCAGCGCCCGGCGUGCGGGGCCGAAGCGGGACUGGGGCCGGCCCGCAAGCCCCGAGGGCUUUGCCGGCGGUCCGGACGCCUGCCGCAAGGCGCCCCGUUUGCACGGUGCUCCGGUGCCAGGGCUUGGCCGCGCACCGGCUCCGGCCGUCGGCUCGGGACGGCACUGCACGGCUCGGGCAGCCACUCGCCUCCCACCCCGCUGCGAUGGAGCCGCGAUGCUAUGGAUUUCUGUUACUGCUCCUUCAUAUUGUGAGAGCUGUUAUUGCACUGGAGGAGAAGAUCAUUGUCAGUAAACUUGGAGACAAUGCUACACUGAGUUGCAUUUAUCAAGGAAGACAACUGCACUUAAAAAAUUUACGGGUAUAUUGGCAAAUCGCUGAUGAUCAAGAAGAGUGUUCAGUUGUACAUGCAUUGAUCUCCGGUCAAGACAAUGAAAGCGAACAGUGUAUUCACUUUAAAAACAGGACUCAGUUAUUCUGGGAUAGAUUGGAAAACGGCGAUUUUUCUCUGCUACUGUUAAAUGUCAGCCAGAGCGAUGAACAUACGUACAAAUGUGUAGUACUGCAGAAAACUGAAUAUACCAAAGUGAUUCACCAAGCAGAAGUGAUUCUCAGUUUAGCAGCUAGUUAUAGCCAACCAAUACUCAGUGGACCGAUAAAAAACAGUGACAGCACUGGAGAAGAGGUUACUUUCAGCUGCAGAUCCGGCAAUGGAUACCCAGAGCCCAAUGUUUAUUGGAUAAAUAAAACGGACAACAGUCACCUGCCUCCAUCAGAGCUAAAGAUCACCCCCCACGCCGACGGCACUUACAGCGUUUUUAGCACGCUGACAGUUAAAGCCACUUCUAACAUGCAAAUAGAGUGCUCCAUAGAAAAUAAAAUACUGCAGGAAAAUCUGUCAGCCAACUACACACAGCAGAAGCAAAGCAAUAGUUCUAGCACAGAAAGUCACAAAAACCUGGAAAAAAAUGGACGAGGUGCUCAAGCAGCUGGCAUCAUUUCCAUUGUCAUUCUGAUAGGUCUUCUAGCUGUUUUAACCUGCUGGCUGUGGAGACGGAGGUCUUCUAAACUAGUGUCCUACACAGAUGUCCAACCAAAUGAAGACAAAGGAGAACUCAACUCACCUGCCUAAAUGGAAAGUCUGCCAACAAUUUGGGCACCUGGAGAUGUGUCAAGAGAAGCAUCACCCUCUAUCUCAGUGGCAGCAUUGCUUGUAACACAAGUGACAAAUUUCUGCUGAGUGUGCCAAGACAGGUGGCAAAAAAAAGCUUCUCCAACACAAGAGACAGUAAAAUCUCCUGGAUUUCUGUUCCAACCACUGGCUGUGUCCACACAACAGUUGUGUCACCAUGCCAGCUAACCACUUUGAACAGCCCUCUGUGAUAGUCUGUCAGCGUAUUGAGCUCCUAUAUACACUGGGGAAAGCAGUAAGCCUGGGAUUUGGCUACUCUGUGCCAGAGUGCUGAAAGCUGGUGAGUGGCCCAGUCUCUCGUCAUCACCUUCAAGGACUUUGUUACCAGCAGAAGCGACUGCCUUUCAAGAGUAUGGGAAGUUCUUGCUGCUUCUCCUUACCGCGACGAUGACUACUGAAUGUGAAGAAUGGCAGCUAAA